AUGAUUGUUCCCACGUUGAGCUUUGUCGCCCUUGUGGCUGUUGCCGCUGCUCAUGGCGAUCACCGUCAGAAGACCAUGGCUGGUCCUCACCAGGGUUUGUGGUACAAUACCUUGCCUGGUGAUGGCGGAAAACAGGCAGACUCUGUCUUCUCCGGAAUCUCGACCUUCGGGCGACUUCCCUACUUCCCAUGCUUGUCCAGUGAUGAGGAGUCAUAUGACAUUGCUUUCCUGGGAGCUCCUUUCGACACUGGUACUUCUUACAGGCCUGGUGCUCGCUUCGGCCCCAGCGGUAUCAGACAAGGUUCUCGCCGUCUCAACCUCUACGGUGGUUAUAAUGUGCCAUUAGAGGCGAAUCCCUUCCAUCAUGAAUUGAGGGUUUUGGACUGUGGUGAUGUCCCAGUUACCUCAUAUGACAAUGCCUGGGCUAUCCAGCAAAUCGAAGAAGGCCACAACAGCGUCCUCAUGCGCAAGCCCUUCACCGACGCAAACAAGAAGGGUCUUUCGAAGGCUGGCAAGACCCUCCCCCGUGUCAUUACCAUGGGUGGUGACCACACAAUUACCCUUCCUCUGCUGCGGAGUAUUAACAAGGCGUACGGACCUGUUACUGUGAUCCACUUCGAUAGCCAUUUGGAUACUUGGAAGCCAAAGGUCUUUGGCGGUUCCCCUAGCAAGGUCGCUUCUAUCAACCACGGCACCUACUUCUACCAUGCCGCCAUGGAAGGUCUUCUGAGGAAUGACACCAACAUCCACGCCGGUAUUCGUACCACUCUCUCUGGUCCCUCUGACUACGAGAAUGACGGUUACGUCGGCUUUCAGAUUGUUGAAGCCCGUGAAAUUGACACCAUUGGUAUCGACGGCAUUGUCAAGAAGAUCCGUGACAGAGUUGGCACUGAGAAUCCUGUCUAUCUCUCCAUUGAUAUCGACACCAUUGACCCUGCCUUCGCCCCCGCUACCGGUACCCCGGAGACUGGAGGCUGGAGUACCCGUGAGAUCCGGACUAUCAUCCGUGGUCUCGAUGGCCUCAACUUCAUCGGCGCUGAUAUUGUCGAGGUCGCUCCGGCUUAUGAUACCAACGCAGAGCUUACCACCAUGGCCGCUGCCGAUGUUCUUUAUGAAGUUCUCACCAUGAUGGUCAAGAAGGGGCCUCUAACCCUCGAAGCAUUUGAGUCUGAGGAGUUGUAA